ACACACACACACAUUACAGAGGACAUUGUUCAGCAGACACCUAACAAAUGGAUAUUGCUGGAGGUUAUGAAGAACACAAUCACUUAAAGGGUUAGUUCACCCAGAAAUGAAAAUCCUAUCAUGAAUUACUCACCUCUAUCCCGUUAACAGUGGAAAGCGUUCGUGUGUGUGUUUUUACAUCUCCAAAAUGACCCAGUGCAUCAAAUAUUAUGAAAUGAAUGAGUGACCUGAAGAGAUGAAGGGCAGACGGAUGGAUGUGCACUGAGCUGACUCUAUCUGUCACUAUGAAAGAACUUCAGCUUUCUAUACGAGACCAAUUUCUGUUCAGCACCACAGAAUGAUGCAACUCGCAACCAAGACCACGACGUGAAUCUGAAAACGAUCUCUGCUUCUCCAGGAUAAACACUUACAUAAAGAUUCAGCCAAACAUGUACAUGAACAUACUGUCAUCAUUGACUCACCUGCACAUCACUCAAACCCUCUUUAACAGCUACAGUUUGUGCUCCUGCUGAGCUAUCAUACAGCUUCAGUAAAAAGAAAAAUCACAGAUGAGAUCUCUUGAAAAACCUCUAUUAUUUGUCCUAGACAUCAGUGUGAACAAAUGAAGAGUAAAUGAGCUCAGGUUUGUCAAGUCUGCAAUCAAAAGUCAAUAUUAUUGAAGAUCUCGAUAUGAACUCAAACAUUUCUCAUUAAAUUUAACCAAAUCUAGAUGAUUUGACCUCUACAAUCUACAUUCAUUUCACACCUUCAGUUACAGUCUCUGUUGUUUCUGUUUUUAUUCCUCAUGAGCAAUUUUACAUUGCAGAGACUUAAAUGAAACACAACUGAGAACUCCAUCAAAUCUUCUGGGAUUUCAUUGCAUUAUUCCUUUAACCUUCAAACAGCUGCUACUCUAAAACGUGUAGUAACGUGAAGUUAAAUAACUUGAUUUAAACAUCACUAAGACCUGAUCCAGCCUUAUAGCUCUUCACAAAUGCACAUUAAUUUGGAGAUGUUUAGCGGUGAGGUCACCUCUAAAUGAGGGAUUUUAAAGCAAUUUUGAUGGAGUGUCUCGCUCUCUCACUUCAUAACCCUGUGUGUGUUUAUGACGUGUUGUUUAUGUGCGUCUUGUUCUCUCAUAGAAGACAUCGAUCUGGCUCUCCUCUAAUCUGCUGCGCUGCUAAAAGGCAAGAAUUAAGCUGCACUUGAACACGUCACUAACAGAAAGAGAGAGAGAGAGACUCCAGAGACACAUUGAUGGAGCAUGUGGAUCAUCCGCAGGUUUGAACGUCUUCUCCCUAGGGGUCCAUUCACACUGUGAGAGAGACAUUACUGUUUGUGUGUGCGUGUGUGAUGCGGCCCACUCAUAAAAGCAUAACACACACAUAUGAGAGAGAGAGACGUGAAUAUUAUUAAAUAUAAACAAAUAACAAGUUAACCGGAAGUGCCAUAAAAUACAACAAUGCUAGGAACAAUUGCGUGGAUACAGAAGGUGAUUCCAAAAGUGGUUGCUAGGGUAUUACUAUGCGGUUGCUAGGGUGUUUUAAAGUGGCCCGAGUAAAGAGCCGACACCAAGAUAUUGCGUUUUGUUCGAUUUUUAUACACACUUUACUGUCUACAAUGCAAUACAUUAACAUCCAUAGCACAAACAGUGCAAAUUAAACUAAUUAUUUGGGUUUACAAAAGUAACACCAGAAAAACAAACCACACAACCACACUUUUGUUACAGCCGUAUCAGGUCUCACAUUAAUCCGAUUGAUUUGUAUUUGUCCUGAUCCCUGGCACGAGUGACAGACGGCUGACAGACAGUUCAUUUAAACUGAGACGUUCACACAAUCAUCCCGCCUGUCUAUUCCUCCGUCUGUCCUCUUCCUCCACUCCAUAUUCCUCUUCUCCAGCAGCAGACAAAGCUAUCGCCACCAGAGGAACGGCUCUGAUUGUAUGUGGCCAUUGUGCACUCCGUCUUUCCUAAAUGAGAGACGAGGCUCCUCUAUUAGCAGCUGUCAAUUAAAGGGCUGCGAUGGGACUGUGGCGGUACAGACGUCCGUAUUCUCCGCCUCGGCGGCGUGGGCUGAAUUGGCAUGUGAAAUAAUACAGAUAUGUGGCUCGGAAUCAAACCAUGGGCGUUAAUUAAACACAGAGAUCAAACUAACAACGUCAUUUUCUACCAAUCCAACUCUGGGGCACUUAUUUUACCCGCUCAUUAAACAAAUACAACACAACAUCAUUAAUGAAGAACAUCAGGUCAUUCUGUCACCGCAGGCAUUUACAUGUUGUGCAUGCGUGAACUGUCGUUUAACAAACUACAUGCAGUCAUUUUAUAGACAUGAUGUGCACGGAGAUGGAUGUGAGCUCACAACUGCACAAAUUUAACAACCAAGAAUCACAACACACACACACACACACUCAAAUGACGGUGAGAGAGUGUGUGUUUCUCCAGUAGAUGUCAGUAUAAUCUUCAGAUGUUACAAGCGUUCUGCAAUCCGUCAGGUGCGUUCAUGCUUAAAAAACGUUCAGACAUACAACUAAAACCACACAAAAGAAGUUUGGUUGCAUCACCCAAUAUAUUUAUACAUUAUUUCCAUGUCGUUUUGGGGGGGGGUAUAUUUAUAUGUUAAUACCGGGGUAUUUCAGUAAGAGACAUCCAACAUUUGCAUAAACACACAGAGCAGAUCACUCUCAAUCAAGAGUUGCUUUGAUCCUGAGUUCAUUGAUGAUGUGAAAACAUGUUUAAUCUGAUGUUCGGCUAAACAGAAUGUGAUUUUGGACAUGGCAUCGAGGUUAUUCAAUGGGUCUGUUGAUCAUACACUAGUAAUCUUUGAAGUACACUGGAGUAUUAUUCAAAUAUCAUUGUAUGUGAAUGUGGUUUAUAUGAAAGUUUAACUCAAAUGUUUUGACAUUGUUAGUAAUUAAAUGUGUAUAGUAAUUGAGUGGUAUUGUUAUUUCAUACAAAUGUAUAAUGUCAAAUGAAUACAGCAAUAAAUCAAUACCCUAGUAUUACCCCCUGAUGCCAUUAGUAUACCAUGGUACCGCCACAGUACUCUUGUAUAAGUGGAUUAGCGUCACACAUCACGCGCAGCGGUACAUUUUUCGCCAAAAGGUUUUUCAUGGUUUAGUGUAGACACAAAUCUCCGAGGACGCGCUGCGCAGUCAUGGCACGUUCGAGCAAGACGCUCAAAUCCCGUUUAAUCCAGAGGCGUCGGAGCGCGUUAACGCGCCGCAGGGCUCUCGUAUCGAUCCAUUGGGCAACUGCGCGCUGUCCGUGGCGCUGAAAUCCAGUCAAUCACUUCAGUCACACACGAACGUCUCUCUACACAAUCAUUUGUGCGUAAAUAUCACACACAUCAUAUGUGUAAUAGCUAAGAAAGGGACGUUUUAAAAAAAUAAAACUCAGUUUUAUCAUAGAGUUACGUUAAUGAAUAGCCUAAGCGUCCUCCUCCUCGCGUGUAAAGUGAAGUGCGUUAAUGAUAUGUGAGAAUGAUGCUGGAAAGGGUCCUCCUGUGUCUCCUCCCAUCCCUCCUGUUCUCCAUUCCUCACUUCCACUCCUCAUUUCGCGUUCACCAACGAGAAGAGCUUCAGCCGUCCAGCAUCAUGUCCUCAGACGUCCAACUGCGUGACCGAACGGACCCACUGACCACCUGCGACCGAGAGAGCGGAGACCCCGCAGGCGACACGAGCGACUGAGAGCAGGUAGGUGUGUGAAUUCAUAACUCCUGGCUGUAGUGAACUGAGCAGCUGAAUCCGACGCCAUGGACACAAUUAACUUCACCUUCUGGAAUGCCUCCGAGGGCAAUGAGACGGAUGAAAUGGUGGCGGAUGAGAGCCCGUAUAAGACAGUGGAGGUGGUGUUUAUUGUACUCGUGGCCGGAUCGCUCAGUCUGGUCACCGUGAUCGGGAACAUUUUGGUCAUGCUUUCCAUUAAGGUGAACAGGAGCCUGCAGACCGUCAACAACUAUUUUCUGUUCAGUCUGGCCUGUGCUGACCUCAUCAUAGGCCUGUGCUCUAUGAACUUGUAUACGGUCUACAUCGUGAUUGGAUACUGGCCCCUCGGGCCGGUUGUGUGUGAUCUGUGGUUAGCUCUGGAUUACGUGGUGAGCAACGCUUCGGUCAUGAAUCUUCUGAUCAUCAGCUUCGACCGCUACUUUUGUGUCACCAAGCCGCUCAGCUACCCGGUAAAGAGGACUACCAAGAUGGCGGGGAUGAUGAUCGCGGCCGCCUGGGUGUUGUCCUUCAUCCUCUGGGCUCCGGCCAUUCUGUUCUGGCAGUUUAUCGUUGGGGGGCGUACGGUGCCAGAGAAAGAGUGCUACAUCCAGUUCUUCUCCAACGCGGCGGUUACGUUCGGCACGGCCAUAGCCGCUUUCUACCUGCCAGUUAUCAUCAUGAUGGUGCUUUACUGGCAGAUCUCCCGGGCCAGUAAGAGCCGCGUGAAGAAAGAAAACCGCAAGCCGUCAGGCGCCAACCUGGAGGUAGCGUCUCCGAGCCAGAUGCGUGAAAACACCGCCAACAAACCCACCAACAACAACGUGACGGUCGAAGAUGCCGAGCGAGGUCAGACCCAGGUCACGGAAGAUGCGGCCAACCAAGACGAUGCCAAACUUCAGAACGGCAAAGCGUCGUCAGCGGAUGAAGGAGUUAGAGGCAACUGUGUCCCCGGCGAGGAGAAAGAAAGCUCCAACGACUCCACCUCGGGCAGCGGCGGCGUCACGAAUCAGAAAGACGAAGCGGCGCCAUCGGUGCCCAACGACGCUCCCGCCAGGCGUCGCGCCAAAUCGGGAGGAUCCAAACUCACAUGCAUCAAGAUCAUCACCAAAUCACCCAAAGGAGAUUGUUACGCUUCCUCGAACGCCAAGGUGGAGAUCGUUCCGGCUACUGAAAGGCAGAACCACGUGGCGAGGAAGAUCGUGAAGAUGACCAAGCAGCCGCCCAAGAAGAAGAAGGCGCCGUCCUCUCGGGAGAAGAAGGUGACGCGCACCAUCAUGGCCAUCCUGGUGGCGUUCGUGGCUACCUGGACGCCCUACAACGUGAUGGUGCUCAUAAACACCUUCUGCUCCAGCUGUAUUCCCAACACGGUGUGGACCAUCGGAUACUGGCUCUGUUACAUCAACAGCACCAUCAACCCCGCCUGCUACGCCCUGUGUAACAUCACCUUCAAAAAAACAUUCAAACAGCUGCUGCUCUGCCAGUAUAAGAACAUACGCUCCAUCCGUUGAGCGGUCCGCACGUGUGUGUGUCAAGGUCAAGUCACAUGAAAUGGCUUUAAGUCUGUAUAUAUCCGACCUGUGCUUCAUUUACAUAAAGCUGAACUCUGUUUGUCAUGUCGCUGGUAGAGAUCGCCAGCGCUCAUUAAAAACGAGUGACUUCCAAAUCGCCGUUAGUUUGAACGUCCAUUAAGACUUCAGCAAUUCAAACAGAGAGAUUGAAGGGGUUUCAGGUAAUGAGACGGCCCACACAGAAUCAUUCAGACAGUGUUUGGGAAUCUCAUUACGCUUUCCAAUAAGACUGUAUUGCUUUCAACUCCACUGAACAUGUGUUACUCGGUUCAAAUCCAGAUUAUCUCCGUCUGGGCCUGCCAUGAGUGCGUGUGUGUGUGUAUAUCAUUUUUGUUUUUAUAGAUAAUAUUGUUGUAGCACUUUACACACGUAGAUGUGAUGCAUGUCACAAAAGAAGGACGAGAAGUGCUCAUAUAUUUGAUUCAUGACAAAAAAAUGAAGAUGGUCAGAUUAGAGUCUGUCCUAUUCAAUAAUAACACACAUAUACGGGGACAACAGGGCUGACUGAAGAUCCAAACCCAAUCUGUUUGAGCUUCGGUAUAAAUUCACACGUGUAUAUAAAUGUACAUAUGUUAAUCACGUACUGUAACGUUUGUUUGGUGUGCUGAAUGAUGUGCGUGCGUGUUAUAAAGCUGCUUUAAAGUCAACAGGAACUCAUUUUACUUCUGAAGCACAAUAUUCAACAAGAGACGGAAACAUGAAGGCUGAAGAAACUACAAACCAGAUUUGAUGAAAGACAGUUCCCAAAUGGUAUAAUAACAAAGACGGUAUAAUAGCAUGCACAGACCAUGCAAAAAGUUUUCUUAGGAAAGUAAACCGUCUCGAGUUCACAUUGACUUUAAAGCAUUCAUCAAACGGAUUGCGACAGGUGUAUGUGUGUGUGUCGUGUGUGUUACGUGUGCUCUCAGAGAGCAAUAAGAGAGCUGGAGAGGCUCUCUGGUGUGGCCGUAUGUUAAAGUGGAUGAGCUGUGAGUGCUCGGGGGCUCCAGGGAUGCAAAUCUAAAGCUUUUAAAGUGAGCAGACGUGCAGGAUAAAGAGGCUCUCAGCGACGCGCCCGCAUUAGCAUCCCGCUCACCUCUGCUUUGCAUUUACACAAAACAGUUCACUCGCGGCUGAGAGAAAGAAAAGAAGAUACCAGCUACACACGGACAGAAGAGCGCUCAUUUACAUCCAAAGCUAGUGGCCAAACUGUAAAAAACACUCUUAGGCCGGGUUUCACAGACAAGGCUUAAGGCAAGUCCCAGACUAAAAUGAAUGUGUGACCUGUCUUAAGUGAACAUAAUUUGUCCAUAAAUAUCUUAAAAUAUAUCAGUGCCAUUGUUUUACAGUAAAGUAUUCUUCUAAAGCAGUUUUAUAAAAGCGACAUAUCAUAAUUCAACUAGGCAUAGUCCUGGCUUGAGCUAAGCAGUGUCUGUGAAACCGGGCCUUAAAGUUCUUAAAAGAGCCGAGGCUCACGUCCAGAUUCAUUGUAAAUAACACGAGACACUUGUUGCGUCGUGUGUUCGUGACCUGAUGAUGCUCUGAUCUCUGGGUUGAUGAUCUGCCUGCAGACGGCCUGUUUGAAAGAUUUGUGCGCGUGUGUGUGUGUGUGAUUGAUUGCCCCGGAAAGGGGUUUAAACUAAAUCACAGGUUUCUGCCUUGUGAAUUUAAAGGGCUAAAGCGAAUAAGCUUUCUCAUCUCAUUAUGAGACGUUGUGUCACCAUACAUCAGUUUUGAUUCAUUAAACCAGACGUACAGAAUCCUGCCUGAAGCAGAGGAUCAUGGGAUAAAUCAAUCAGUUGAUCAGAGAAAGUGACAGUGAUGCAUGCUGGGGGAAUGCUGUACAUCUCCUGCUGGGAGAUGACGUUUGAUGUCUUGUUUGUGUUGAGCGGUGUUUUUUUAUGAGCGCUGCACUCGUACUUUCCCCCUGUGAUGAUAGUCACUCUCGAACUGAAUUUGACUGAGUCCGUAGACAAGACUCUCGUCAAAACAUUCGUAUAUUUUUUCUCAUUGUCAUGUCAAACCUGUAUGAGUUUGUUCUUCUUCUGCAGAAGAUUUAUUCUGCACAAUUUAUUUUUGAAGAAUUUUGAUAAUCAAACAACACUGAACCCCAUUGACACCCCAUUGACUUCCAUUGCAUGAACAAAAAACACAUUUCUCAAAAUAUCUUCUUUUGUGUUUUACUAAAAAAGGUUUUAAACCACACAAGGGUAAAUGAAUGAUGAAAGAAUUCUCAUUUAUGGGUAACACAUCUCUUUCAAAGUAAACAACGGUUGAUUUUGAAUGGUAACGGUUGUUACCGUGCUAAAUUGUACUGAUAGCAUGCAUAUGCUGAGAUUUCUUUCUCCCACACACAUAUAAUCUCUGUCAGUGUUUUCAUCUCAUGAUGUUUUGUUGUUUUCAGCUCUAUGACCAAAGUGUUUAUUGUAGAAUGUAGAGCUGAGUCACACACACAUCCGCCUCAUUCUCUACCCGCUCACAUGAGCACCACAGCGCCCCCUACAGACCUCACAUGACACCGUCUUGCAUUUCACAAACUGUCAUUGUCCACCUCUGACUGUUUGCUAUCACUGUGUGUGUGUGAUCUCUUUGUGCUGGAGGUGAGAGGUCGUGACAGAUGCUUGCUGGUGUUGUGCUAUAAACCGCAUGCGGGACAGAUAGUGCAGGUGUCAGAUUGAGUGUUCAGACAGAGAUCUGUGAGCUACACACUCUCUCCUGUCACCCCGUCUUUACAUGGGCCGACACUCAUCGAACACACUCUGUGUUCUUCAGAGAGAGAUAAACAUGUGAGAGAGUGUGUGACGCUCAACGACAUCAUAUUUACAACAGCUCAGAGAGUCCUAAACCACUGUGGGGACUCUCUCACACACACACACACACAUAUAGUACGUGAUUUGCUGUGUGCGUUGUGAUGUUCAGAGAGCUCAACACAUCAUCGUCCUGCCAUCAUCAUCAUCAUCAAGAGUAAACUGACAGCACAAUUAAUAUAAAAGGGCUUGAAUAUAUUUAUCGGUUAUUGAUAUUAUUUAAUCAUUAUAGUUAUUAUAUACUGUAUAUUUGUUAUUGAUUUUUAUAAAUAUACAGAAAGUUCACUGUUCUUGUGCUUUUUAGGCAAAAAGUUUCGAAAAAAUUAUUGAUUAGUUAUUGUGUUUAUGGAGGUUGUUUUGGGCAAGUUUAGAUUUUAAGUGUAGCUGUAAAUAUUUGUUUCUUUAAUAACGUUUUCCUUGGUAAGCACAAAGAGAUGAAUAAUAUCUGCUGUGUGUGUGUGUGUGUGUGUGUGUGUGUGUGUGUGUGUGUUUGUGUGCAGGUCACACAUGUUGUGUGUUUGAAGUUUGCAGGAUCAUGACUCAGAGAUCAUGUAAAUCAGCACAUGCUCACUGUUUUUGAUACACACAUGCACAGACACACAAACAACUGACCGAUGAUGUGUAUGUGUGUAUGUGUGUGUGUGUUUAACGGUCAUCCCUGAAGUGUCUCAAGCCUCUCUCUCUCUAUCUGUGUGUUUAGACACACAUAAACUCAAAUGUAGCGUGUGAUGGUGGUCACAAAGUCAUCAGAGCAGAGACACACACGACCAACCAAUGAACACUAAAGAUGGAUAGAACAAAUUACAAUGGACAAAACCAACGAGCAGUCUUCAUCAAACGACAGACGUGCUUUUGUACAGUUUUCUAAAUCAGUAUGUAAAUAUAAAACAUCCAUAAAGUGGAAAUUUGGGUCGGACGGGACUUUCAAAAGAACCAAGCCAUACGUGGACAUUACAGCAGGACAGAAAGCAGACAGCGUGAAAAUGAAAGAUGACUUUAAGGAACUUGUUGGUGGCCAUAGCAACUAAAGAAGAAUUCUUCGCACGUUUGAGUUUAAAGUAGUUUUUUGGCUCAUUAAUGGUGACUUGACGACGACAGGGAGAAAAUGUGCUUCAGGCCAGAAACAGACUCAACACAAGUAUGCAAAUACAGAGAUGAACGCUCGAGCAGCCCGUUGAGGAUGCUCAACGUUCACUCAUGUGUUUUUGUGAUGGUAACAAUCUUCAGUCCUCAGGGGAGUGACGACGCUUCAUUCACACGUCUGUGCAGAUAACCAGGUUAGAAUCAGAAUUGACCUGAAAGACAAAAUACUUAUAAGGCAGUUUAUAAUAUAUGUGCCAAAUGUUGAGAAUGCAUCCUGUAUCCCUCACAAAUAACAAGUAGACUGAACUUAAGCAAAAUUCAAUUAUAUUUUAAGUAUACUUUAUGUACAGUAGUAUACUUGUGAGUGUACUAUUUCAAUACUGUUUGGAACUAAAGUUUGGGACUAUAUUUAUAAUGUUUUAUUUUGAGUAUAAAAGAAGUAUACAAAGCAGACUUGUAGUGUGGGAUAAGACACAGAUGUAGUAUGUGCUUCGCCUAAAUGGGCCAUUAACACAGUUUGCAUUCUUACGCAAAGAUUUGUUGAAGCAGAACUGCUUUUAUUUGAUGCUCAUGGAUGUGAGAGGUGUCACAUCGGCCAAAGACCUCCGUCUGUACAUAUUAUAAACCAACAGAAGAAUGCGUUCUGUGUGAACAAGUGUCUGGACUCAAACAUCAGGUGCUGGUUUUUAUCUGUAUCCCAAAAUAUCUGAUUUCAGACUUUGGGUCAUUCAUGAUGAUGAGACAUUGACUGGUGAAGCUGUAUGUACAGAUCUGAGCAUGUGUAUAUAAUAUGGUUUAUUUUUCAUGGCUACAUGUAUCACGUGCUUUCUAUUCACUGUGAGUUGUGAUGCCGUGUGCUUUGUUAUCAUUUGUAUUACAAUAUAUCGUGGACAUUCUAUACAUGUAGCACAGAUGACUUGUAAAUACAUGUGUUUAUUCAUAAAUCUCAAUGUUAUUGAUCUUUGUGAGGCCAAUGAUCCGAAGGGCAUUCUGAAUUGCUGAUCAUUGAUGCGAUGAAACGGUUUAAAGUGUGUUUAUAAGAUUUGCUGUAUUGUGAGAUUUUGGAGAAGAAUUCUAGCAAAUAAAAGUCU